GUUCUCUGCAUGCGUAGAACGGGGGCUGAAGGCCUAGGCACCCCCUGCGUGCUCCUCAAGGAAGGUGGUAAGUUUGCCCAGGUGGCUGCCACAGGGGCGGCCACACCGGGGCCUGCCCACCUUGCCUUGCCUUGCCCUGGGGGCAAAGGGGCGGGCGCCUGCCCAGUUACCUGCGGUCUGAGAACGGACUGCUCGCCUGGUAGUGUUUGCUCACUGCGCUCUUAAGUGGUUCCAGCCAUUCUGCUUGUUCGUGGGAGUUUGAAUCAUGGACCAGAACUUUUCAGUUAUCAGAUCAACUUCGAGAAGCAUUUGCUGUUAAGCCUGAUGUACUGACUGAUGUGCCCAUGUUUUUGUUGUUGUUUUUCAAUCUAGAUGUGUUGAGAGAGGAAAAUUGAGAAAAGGGACGGGAGGGGCUGAACAUAGAAGUGCACGGCCCCAGCAUGUGACUUUGGCCGCUGUGGUCUUCGGAGUCCUUGACCCACACUCCCUUCAAGGCCGCCGGUGGUCUGGGAAGGAAGACCCGCGCUCGGCCGGGAGUAAGAGCGAGCGCUCUGGGAUCUGGGGAGCCAGGAGCUGUCAGAGCUGGGGUGGUCCUCAGCACAGAGACCUGCAGGUAGGGGUUCCUGGCCGGACAACCAGAGUGCUCAUGGCCCCCGCGCCGAGGGCCUGGCUUGGUGCUGGGCAUCACCGGACAGGUCCUUGUGAGGGUGUUUCUUAAGUUCUGCAUUUAUAUCCCCGGAUUUGGAAACAAGAUCUCUAUUUUAUCCUAAUCCUCAUACCAUUUUUUUUAAUUGAGAAAAAUCACAGGAAAAGGUGCUUUUGAAACACUGGGAAACUUGCUUAUAAAGCUGUACUACUUGGUAAAUCCCUUUUUCCCAAAACUGGCUGUUCUAAGAGCAGCGGGCAAAGGUAGGGCAGGCAGAAAUCACGUCCCUGGCAGCUCUGCUCACCUCCCAGAGACCACCUACUUCCUCAAGCACCAAGGCCUUGUGAGCAUGUGCCUCCUGGGCCCCGGCUGGGGGAACAGCAAGAGGCGGCCCCAGAGAGAGGACAGGGGCUUUGGGCACGACGGACUGGUGGUGGGUUAGGCACUGUCCUUCUUCCUGGCCCCACCUGGGAACUGAACUGGGUGGGGCACCUUGCUGGCUUGGCUCCAAGGACAAGAUGGUGGUGGCACCUUCUGCCUUCUCCUGGGCUUUCUCUGGAAACCAAAAGCCCUUGAGCCCCUAUUCUAUUAAAGUGUCUUCUCCCGCUCUCCCGGGCCCAGUAGGGACCACCUCUGAGUUGUUUCAAACGUGACGUGUGAGUACUUGGCAAGUUCUGUGCCCUGUGUUUGUGUCCUUUCCAUUUGAGUGUGAAGCUAUUUAGCCCCAAAGACCUCAUGGGCAGAAUUGCCGGUGGUGAGCGCGUGCCUUCCUUCCGAGAACAGACACCUGGAAUUUUUCCCUUAGUGUUCAUGUACGUGCAGAUUAAUUUAUAUAUACACAUAGCUACAGUACUCAUCUGAUACUUUACUGAUGAAAUGUCCACCUGGGGUCCACGCUCGAGGGAGCUCACGGCACGUGGCUGUGGGGGAAGGAGCCUGUGUCGGAGGGAACGCCGGUACCCAGGGUGCAGCUGAGGCGGCCCGGCCGGAAACCAUCGGAGUGCCGGAGACGCCAGCCUGCCGGCCUCACUCCCAGAGCCCCGCGCAGGCCAAAGGGCUUUAGAGAGGAUUUUCUUGGUUAUUUAAUUUGUAUUCGUAUUUCAUUUACAACCCAAACAGCAACACAAAAAAUAAAUUACAUGGUGGACAAGUUCACGCAGGACAUAGUGACCCAACCUCGGCACGAGCCUGUCUUUAGAAGGUGGAGAAGCUACAGGCCUGCCCGCCCGGGCGGGUUGUCCUCCCGGCUGCUAGCCCUGCCCACGAAUGGCAAGACUGCCCAGUGGGCAAGCCCGACCUUAAACUUGGAUGGAUGAGCAAGGCCGUUCCCCUUGGCCACUUCAGGAAAGUUCCACUCGCCAUCUCCCACAGCGCUGUGUCCACGGGAUUGGCUCUACGUGACGGAACCGUGCUGUUUUUAGAAAUCACGUUACAUAGACAAAGGGAGAUGAGUCAGACCUGGAGUCUUCAGGUGUCUGUGACCGAUCUUUUCAGGAUCCUGGACUGGCUUUUUAGGCCUGUCCCCACGCAUCCACCAGGCAGGCAACCGUGCUUACAUGCGUCAUUUCUGGUCUACACUGGCACAGACCACGGGGAAGGUAAGGGCAUGGCCUUUUCAACCAGGUCUGGGCAGAGAUUGGGUUGCGCAAGCUGUCAAGGCCUUUCACCCUACUUCUGAACGCUGCGUUGUGGAAGGGGAGGCUUCUGUGGGCUGGGCGGGGGUGGGGGCUCAGGUUGUUUCCCGCUCACCACCAGAGCUGGCAGGCCAUGGAAACCCAGGCUCGCUCACGGGCAGGCCGGUGGCCACGCUCAUCCCCAACAUACCCUCUGCAGAAGAGCCAGAGGAGUGGGUGGCCUCACCCCACCUCGUAGCCCAGGGGAGGGGAGAUCUGCUUGGCCUGGAAGUUGCCGAAAACUACCUCCUCCCCCAACUUCCACUGCAGACUCACCACCCAGCAAAUGGCCCAAAGUUAACGAGUCUCCAGACAACCUGCUCUCCUGAGCACCCCCAAAAGAGCCCACAAAGGGACGUGGGAUGGUUUAUUUGGCGGUCAGACCUUGAAGAGGCCUGCACAGCCAGCGGAUGGCCAACUCCAAGCCCAGAUGCGGGUGGCGGGCUUGGGUGUGCGGAGUGCGGGCUGUGCUGCGAGGCGCCUCUGUCCUUGGAGUGGGGCUGCCUGCCCAGCCUUUUCCUUCUCCUCUCUGGGGUCUUUGCACCAGCUAGACAGCAGCAGCUGCCCCUGCACCGACCACAAAGCACGCAACUCCCUCACCCUUUCAUUCCUGAGGGAAAGCAUACUGUCGUCUUUGCCUUCAAACCAAAAAACCACCUGCCAUCAGAAUGGGCUUUGCUGUUUCUUCUCUUCCCGCCCCCACCUACCCCAUUCCCGACAGCCUUACCAUCUGCAGUCCAACUGUCCCCACGGGGCAGGUCACAGCCAGCCCCUCUCCCCAGCUCCUCCCUCCUCCGGGUUCUGCCCCAAGGCUUCCCUCCAAAGGUGAGGACUGGGAGUAAGUUUUAGUGCCGAUCCUACUG